CACCUAGGUAUAGGCCCUAGUGUACACGUCUACAGCAAGUGUAAGCAAAGCAGGUAAUUUGAAUGUUGGUAAAUUUGACCUUAGUCUUAGACAAUUUCCAACGCGAACACAAGAUUAAAGGUGUGAAAUUUUGGCAGGCUCUCUCCGUUUGAGUUGCCAUGGAACUCAAGCCUGUGAAUGUGGUGGUACGCAUCAGGCCAGCGUUCAACACAAAACCACUGGCUUUGCAGUGGACGGGCGAAUCAUCUCUGGAGAUGUUAAGCCACCGAAAUACUGAGGAAAGUAUCAAAUACAGUUUCUCAAGGGUAUUUCACCCAGAAAGCACACAGGCCAGCGUAUAUGAGACAGCAAUUAAGCCCCUGGUGGCAAACAUCACCAACGGACAGAAUGCGAGUGUUUUGGCAUAUGGACAGACCGGUGCAGGAAAGACAUAUACCAUGAUGGGUAGUCCAGACAAUGUUGGUAUUGUGCCAAGAUCCUUGCAGACCAUAUUUCAGCUGAUAGAAAAGCAACCCAGUGCAAAAUUCACAGUGAAGGUUUCCUACUUGGAGAUUUACCAAGAGAAGGUUCAUGAUCUGCUUGCACAAGCAGACAAGACUCGACCUCAGCAAGACCUGCCUAUCCGCCAAACACCGAGCAAGGACAUUCUCAUUCCGACUCUCGCAGAGAAGGUCAUUUCAUCGCCUGAAGAGUUUCGCGGGCAGUUUGCAGAGGCAAUGUCUAUGCGGCACGUCGGAGCAACCCUGCUGAACGAGAGAUCAAGUAGAAGUCACGUUAUCGUUCUCGUCAAGGUUGUGCGUGAGGAAAACAAUCGCCGCCUUAGUGGGAAACUCUACCUGGUGGAUUUGGCGGGCAGCGAGGAUAAUAGGCGCACGGGAAAUGCUGGAAUUAGGCUGAAGGAAUCUGGAAGCAUCAACACGUCGCUGUUUUACCUCGGACAAGUUGUCGACGCUCUCAACAACCGGAAUCCGGCUGUUCCAUACAGGAGCAGUAAGCUCACCCGACUCCUUCAGGACUCGUUGGGAGGCAACAGCAAUGCUUGUAUCAUCUCUUGCAUCUGCCCAGAAGAGUGCAAUUAUUUCGAUACACUGCGGGCCUUGAAAUUUGCCUCCAAAAUAGAACGAGUGAAAAACCCGGUCAAGAUUAACGAAGUUGUCAUCGAGGAUCCCGAUACAACUGUUAUUGAGGAGAAGAUCACUUCGUCUGUGGAGACUGAAACUAUGAAAUCAAGUUCGAUUCCUGUUCCUACACUGAUCGAGAAUGUGAACCGUCAUGUGCCAGCAAUUCCACAUGGCUUGAGUCCGGCCCUGCGUGUUCUCGAUGAGCAGCUCACAAAGAAGUUUGCUGAGCUGGAGAGCAAACUGAUCAGCCACAUGCACAGCGAGGCGUCCAUGCUGCUAGAAGAGAGCAUCAUGGUCGAUCGCACCUUCAUGCAGCGGCAGCUGGAGUCGAGUAGGCUUCACCUCACCCAGCUUCGCGACACAACACGUCGCUCGCUGAUGCUGCCGUGUCACACCAGUGGCGCCCUCCCUCCGCCAAACUUCGAGGACAGAGACGCGCUGCUUGACUCCACACUGGACGAGCAAUCCGAUAGAGCAGGCACCAGCGAGGGGAGUAGGGAUGCUUCUGGUCAAAGCAGCCCUGUGCUGAACGACAUGACGACAACGAGCAGGAAGCGUUAUUUUCCGUCCGUGUUGGGUGAGAGAAGUGAUGCAUCGCCUGAGCUUGCCACUCUUAGUCACGCACUGCAUCUAACUGAUGUGAGCAUUUGCGACAAUGUCGCAGAGACAUCUGAGAGCAAGCCGUCAUCCUCCACCAUGGAACGCCAGGCUCUAGAACCAACUACUGGGAAGCGUGGAUCUUCAACCAUGGGUCUCACGACUUUAGAGCCAGCUGUUCAGAGACGUAGGUCUUCCACCAUGGAGCUCAGUAGUCUAGAGCCAGCUGUCGGGAGACGUAGGUCUUCAACCAUCGAUCUCAGGACUUCAGAGCCACCAGCUGUUCGAAGACGUAGGUCUUCCACCAUAGAGCUCAGGAAUCUAGAGCCACCAGCUGCUGGAAGGCGUAGAUCUUCUGCCCUGCCCGUCAACAAUCAGGAUGAGUGUCAUGAGAAUAGGCGUACACUACGACCACGCCGUCCAUCCCUGCAAAGCUCGGCUCUUAACAUUAUCGCCGAGAAGCCGAGCGUUCAACUCCAGGAGCCACUGAAGCCGAAAAAUGCGACAAAGCGCGUAGCAGUUGCCGAGCAGUUGCGUGCCAGUAGCGACGACUACCAGCGACGUCGCCGCGCCGCCAUCUUGAAACUUCUGAAUUCCGGCUCGGUGCGCAGACUGUGCACGCUGCAGACGCUUGGCCAGAAGAGGGCGCAAAUGGUGUUCGAUUACCGCGAGUACAAGGGACCGUUUCGACGCGUCGAGGACCUGGCUCGCGUGCCUGGCUUCGCCAAGUCGUUCUACCGGCGAUUCGCCAAGAGCAACUUGUUAUUGGCUGAGGAUCCAUCAUCAGACUCGGAGCAGGAGAACCUAUACGACAUCGCUGAAGAGUCGGAUGACACGUUCAGACGACCAGAGGUUAAAGCGUCAAAGAAACAACGCAUCACAUGUGCAUUUUGAAAUUGCGUUAUCGAUUUAUUCCAAGGGUAAAUCUCAUUAUGCCAGCUGCUGGGGUUAUUCGGCAAUUAAUGGGGCGCUUGUACUAGUGAGCUUACUGAGGAAUUCGCGAGUAGUGAUAAUAGUAUGUGGUAAGCUAGAGGUCUAUCAGGGUUAAUCUACUAGUACUACUACUAGAUCUAUUAGUCUACCAACCUUAUGAACUCAUUGAAUGAGUUAAGCUAGAGGUUUUAUUGUAGAUAUCAUAUAUUGUUCUUCAUUGAUAUCAGGAUAACUUAGUCUACUGUUGUAGUCAUCUUAAAAGAAUUGGUUAGGGCAUAUGUAUAGCCUGCUCUAUGUAUUGUUAAUGUAGUCGAGUCAGAACAGCUUAAACAUAUAUGUUAAAUACAUAAUUCGAGUGUUGGACGCCAUAUUUUUUUCCGCGUGAAUUGAAACUCAUGUAAAUAGAUCUCUACGAAAUUGAAAUCAUGAAGCCAUACAUAUAUGUUUGAGAGAGGUGCACUUAUUAUCGUUUGUAACCAAGAGGUCCUAUUAAUUGUCACACUAAGAUGGCUCUUUAUAUCGUAUCGAUGUGAGGUGUAGGGAUUAGAAUGCUUUAUUAAAACGCCAUGUGAUCAUGUGCACACAUCAAAUUAACAGAAAUACUGUAACAAUACUCAUGUGCUAAGCUAAGAGCUCAUAUACCAACCAGCUAUAUAACAGGUUGCUGUUAUCUUUUUGGGUGAAAACUCGGCUAAGAUAUGGGCUUGAACUUGGGAUGAAAGACCAUGAUACAUUUUGCAUAACUUCUCUGUGCAAAAUAUUUCACGGUAGUUCUUACAAUAUAUGAGUACAGUGUACCUUGCAUUGCAGGAAUUUGGUAGUAGUAUUCUCACUAUAUUUUUCUUCGAUUCUUUGAUAUGUGUACCUGGAAAUGUAUUGUAUAUAUUUUAAUUUGUAAUAGACAUGAGCCAUUUCUACACGUG